UGAAAAAGUGCCUGAAUUCGCAAGUGCCUGGUUUUAGUCAGACCCCGGUACUGUGACGGACAAUGUCUGCAGGUCAGCAGAUUAGUGCAGUACGGUGCUGUUGAAUAUGGACACGGAAAAUUGCACUAACCUAUACUUACAAGUCUGUCAAACUCUUCUAACUUGUAAGUAUAAUGAUCCUGCAUCCUUUGCGGACCUGUAUAAAUUGCUACCUUGGUUCAGACAAUCACUAACGUGUUGUGUUUGCAGCGAUGUCGUGAAAGACCCAAUGUCAUCGACGGAGUCUGCAUGCCAGCAUUUUGUAUAUUUCAGGCCACUUUGUGUAAAUCAUCAAAAACCUGGGUGGAAUUUCAACUUUUUCUGUGAAAUGUAUGCAGUCCAAUAAUAUUGAAGUGUCUUUUGAUAUAAAAAAUACAAAACAUAUGAAAAAACAAAAUGAAAUUCAACAGUACACAUAAUUAUUCCCAACACUGCCACAAGAUACGGAACAUACGCAGGGUGAUCAGAGGUGCACAAUGCAAUGGAAAACCAAUGAUAUUGAAACCAUCAUGCAGUUGGUGCAAAGAUUUUACACUCUUUGAGCGAAAUGGCCAUCUUGCCAUAUUAGUGAUGUGUUUUGCAAAAAUAUGUGAAUUUAUUUCUAAAUCUCCAAUAAUGGAACAUAUAAAACAUCAUGAAGAAGAGCAGAAAGUUGAUCAAGACGUUCAAGGAGGACCUAAUGAAAGCGUAGAAAAAAAUGGAAAGAUGUUAUCUAAAAAGAAAUCAAAGGGAAAAAGAAGGGUUUAUCCUGGACCAAGACGGAGAUACAAGCAGCUGACUUUCAGUCUUAGUCAUGUGUUAAAUGAUGGUCUAGCAAUCAAAACAGAUUUAAUGGAUUGGUUAGACAAAAAAGUCUCUGAAUCGACAGACACCACAGAUUUAACACCCACAUUUUUGAAAGUACAGUCUGAGUUAUGUUUGGAUACGAAUGCAUUACUGUUGAGCUCAUUGGAAGAAAACAAUUUAGAUGAUUUUCAUGAGGAAAUUUAAAAGUGGACAAAACCUUUUUAAAAACGAAAGUAUACUGCCAUUUUGUUAACUAAUAUAUUGUUAUAAAGGAUUUUAAUGUUUAUUAUGGUAAAAGGACAGAUGAUAAGAUCGACUGAUUGUUUGUGGAGGACAAAGACUUCUUAAACGCUUACCACCCCGCUCAGUCCAGGAGAUACUUUACUCAUUCAAUAUGCAUUGCUUUAGCUAGUGGAAGAGUCCAUUGUCGUACUGCAAAGCAUGUAUCGUAAUUGAUUAUUUCAAUAAAAUUGAAUAUUGGGA